AUGAGUUUCAAAGUCAUUUAUCACACCCAUUCGCCGGUCAUUUCCCCUUCUACAAGGAGACUCUGUAUCCUGGACUCGUCAUUCAAUCCACCACACCUGGGCCACUACGCACUGGUAAACAAGUCCAUCACGUAUCCAUACCAUGGCCAGGUGAUGCCAAAGGACUCUGUGGGCGUGCUGCUCAUGUUCAGUGUCAACAACUGUGAUAAGAAGACCCCCAAACCAGCUCCCAUUGAGCACCGUGUGCAGAUGAUGUGCCUGUUGGCAGAUCACAUCAAGCAGGAGAUGGAUGUUCCUGUGUACGUCAUCGUCACUGACCAGCCGAUAUUUGCUGACAAGUCUGUACAGGUUCAGCAGUGGAUUAAGCAGACCGCUGGUGUCGUGGAAGGGUUGCGGUUGACGUUCCUCCUAGGAUUCGAUACGCUAGUGAGGGUGUUUGAUAACAAGUACUACGCGCCAACACCCACAACGGUGGCGUUAGAAGGGUUCAUGAGGCAUAACGAUCUCUUUGCACUUACACGUGACGACGACAAGCAGUAUUCUCUGGAGCAACAGUUGAGCUACGUGGACAAUAUAAGAUCUGGCAAGAACAAAGACUGUCUUCCAGAGUGGAGUGAGCGCAUCUUCAUAGGUGAAGGUGAUCCUUCCUUGCUCAAGGUCUCAUCUUCAAGAAUAAGGGCAUUGAUCGAGAGCGGUGAUACUACUUGGCAAACAGAGACCAUACCGUCAAUUGUUGAGUUUAUUCACGAGAGCAAGCCCUACGAGUAA